AUGUCUCGCCCGUUUCCUUACACCUACAUCUCCUGUCCUUGUGCCGAUACUCCAGUCCCAGACCCGGCCAGGAGACGAAGAUCGAGGGAAACUCCCCGGAAAUCAACGACCCCCGAGCGGGCAUAUAAUACCAAUGAAGAAAAGCCCGAGCUGAAAGAGCAAGAUCAUGAUAGCGACGACGAAGAAGACCAGACAUUUGAUCCCCGAUAUCCAAGAUCCAAUUUUUCGCUUUAUCCUCCCGAGCAGCUGCUGUACUGCGAGGAUUGCCACCAGAUCAAAUGCCCUCGAUGCAUAACCGAAGAAAUCGUCAGCUGGUAUUGUCCAAGCUGUCUAUUUGAGACCCCGAGCAGCAUGGUGAAAAGUGAUGGUAAUAGAUGCGGCCGAAAUUGCUUCAACUGUCCUGUCUGCACCGCUCCACUAGCUGUAAACUCCAUCGAGAAUGUUGUAGGCAAUGGCAGCAAGCAAGGGCCGUGGGUACUAUCCUGCGGGUACUGCCUGUGGACAACGCUCGAUAUUGGCAUCAAAUUCGAUAAGCCAACCAACAUUCGUAACCAGUUGCAAAAGAUGACAGAUACAACCGCUCCAAUUACUUUUGAUACACGAUCGAGGCAGGCGUCCCGCACCUUUGGCGAUCUCAAGUCACCCUUAUCCACUCUUGCCUCAGUCGACGAACAAUCCAAUGCACUCGAUGACAGUGAAGAUCCAGCCACAAAGGAAGAGCCAGCCAUGGGCCCUGCAAAUACAGAUGCCCGAUUUGCAGCACUGAAAUCCUUCUACCGCAAUCAAAUAUCAGAAACAUCAACAUCUCCCAGCGAUCCACUAUCCGACUUUGGAUUUUCCUCCCCAGGAGCCCUGAACAGGUUGAUGUCUCUCUACGCAUCCUCAUCCAGACUAAGCGGACUUUACGGUAGUAGCAAAAAACCCAAAUCAAAGCCGCCAGUAAUGCGCGAGGCCCUCACAGCCAGUGAGGGUCUUUGCAUAGCCCCCGAAAACGGCGACAUCGCCGUGAUCGAGCGACUCAAUUCUCCAGACGGCGGCUGGGAAGCCGUGGCAUCGAUCAACCAGCGCGCAGAACAAUCUCCAGACGUGCGCUUCGUCGACGAACUGCUCCCGCUACCAGUCCUUCUACGCACGAAGCGUGCCAAGCGCUGCAAGUCUUGCAAGCACAUUCUUGUGAAACCCGAGAAUAAACCACAGUCUACACGUUUCCGUAUUCGUCUUAUUGCCCUAAGCUACGUUCCCCUCCCAACUCUACGGGCUCUCGCCCUCCCGACCUCGUCGGCUAUGCCCUCGCCUCCACCACCAGAUCUCUAUGCGCUAAAUCCACUCAAACCUAUUCUCGUUCUUCUCACGCUGAAGAACCACAUGUUUGAUCCAGUCCGAAUUACCCUCGCCACACCAUCUGUAACACCAGGUCGUGUUGCCAGCAAAGUUACCGUGCUCUGUCCACAAUUCGAGAUCGGUGCUAACAGCGACGUGUGGGACGAGGCGCUGCAGGGUGCUUCUGCUCCCAUAACUAGUGGCGGAGUGCGUUCCAAUGAGAAGGUAGCUGAAGCUGGUAAAGUCUGGGACAAGGGCCGCAAUUGGACGACUGUUGUGCUGGAGGUUGUGCCAGGAUUUUUACCUGGGUCCGAAGAGGGUGAAGGUGCCGAGGUUGCUGGUGAUGAUACUCUGCGCCAGGAUGAGGAUGUUUUGGAAAUUCCUGUCUUUGUCCAUAUGGAGUGGGAUGCGGAGGCGCAACUUGAACAGAAUGUGGACAAGUCGUCGAAAGAUAAUAUGGUUUCCAGGGAAUUGGCUUACUGGAUGGUCCUUGGGGUUGGUCAGAUUGUACCUUCACUGUGA